GCGUGUGUUGUUUUGGUGAGGUUUAUCCGGGUUGGAGUUUGAGACCGAGGAAUAUAUAAAUGGAAAGUUCUAGAUAGGGCCUUGGAUUGUUUCUGUGUUUUCUAACAAGCAAUGGCUAUGAGAUCGUGGGUGAGUCGAGGAGGAUCCAUGACUCGUUUGAUGGACUCAACAAAUCGAGGGGCUUUGAGUCGGUUCUUGAGCGACAAGGGUCGCAUUCUCAGCGAGGAGGAACAGGCCAAAGAGAAUGUCUACAUCCAGAAAUGGGAGAGGGAGAGGUUGGAGAAACAGAAGCAACUGUCUGAGAACGCCAAGGCUCUCACGGACGAAGAUGCUUCUGCUGCUGCUCAUAAGAAACCUGAAGGUGCUCAAAAGGACUGAGUUUAUCUUUCACACAACCCGUCAAGGUCACUUUGUAGGAAAUAAGCAUGGAGAAUAAAACACAUUGACCCUGAGUGAACUUUGGUCUUUGUAUAGAUUGUGUUUCUUGUUUAUUUGUAGUUUCGUGACGGAUGAAACCAUGCCAUUGCAUCCACCAAACUUGGUACGUUUGUUAUGAACUUGUGAUGUAAUCCUUUCCAGUAAAUUUUCUCUUCUGUGAGUUGUCAGUGCCAAAA